CUCAAUCUCUAAGCGUACCGCUAAUUCGCCUUCUUUGUGUGUCUCUCUCACCAUGGCAUAUGAAAGAAGACAGUCCUCAGUGUGUGCUGCCUUCACGCUCUCGCCUCUUCCGUAUCAUGUGCUGCUGAUACUGCUAAUGGUCCUCGGCCUCCUAAGUCUAUCAUGGUUCUUCCACUACGAGUCCUUCAUCGACGACGCAGAGGAGCAAAUGAGUUGGGCGCUCCUGGUGAUCCCGGUGUUGCUUAUCCUUGUCAUCCGAUGGCUGUCCUCGAUCGAGAGGCUUGAUGACAGCCUGCUUGGCCUCUUCUCGUACGACCAUCGCCGGAGGAGCUACUACAACGGCAGCAACGAACGACCGCAGGUGGGAAGCUCGCCGUGGGGCGUCGCGGCAGUCGUCGUCUUGUUGCUGAUCCUCGUCUACUUCCAGUCUAGUUUUCAGGAUAUGUGGGGGCCUUGAUUCUCUCUCUCUCUCUCUCUCUCUCUCUCUCUCUCUCUCUCUCUCUUUUAUAUAUAUAUAUAUAUAUAUAUAUAUAUAUAUAUAUAUGCAUGCUCUAUUUACUUAUGGGUUAUUAGCUGAUAUUAUGAUAGCCUAAAAAAGUGGGGGAAGAUUUGUAAUAUAUAAGAAACGAAGUGGUUCCACAUUUGUUAUUUAUAUUA